AAUUUUAUCAAGAAGCUGACUUAUUACACUGAACUCUUUCAGUUUUAGGGAGGAAGCUUGCUUUAUAUAUUGGCUAAUUGACUAAUGGUUUUGCAUCUUACCAUUUGCUGCAGGAGAGGUGUUUGUGCUGGAUGAUGGAGGGGAGGUAGACCUGGAUUUGGGUAAUUACGAACGCUUCCUUGAUAUCUGUCUCACCAAGGACAAUAAUCUGACUACUGGGAAAAUCUAUCAAUAUGUCAUCAACAAGGAAAGGAAGGGUGACUACCUGGGCAAAACUGUGCAAGUUGUCCCCCACAUCACAGAUGCUAUCCAAGAGUGGGUAAUGAGACAGGCACGAAUUCCUGUGGAUGAAGAUGGCCUUGAACCCCAAGUGUGCGUGAUUGAGCUUGGUGGAACAGUGGGAGAUAUAGAAAGUAUGCCCUUCAUCGAGGCUUUCCGUCAGUUCCAGUUCAAAGUCAAAAGAGAAAACUUCUGUAAUAUUCAUGUCAGUCUAGUUCCCCAGCCAAGUUCUACAGGAGAGCAGAAGACGAAACCUACCCAGAACAGUGUUCGUGAACUCAGAGGACUUGGUCUCUCGCCAGACUUGGUUGUGUGCAGAUGCUCUACUCCCCUGGACACUUCCGUAAAGGAGAAGAUCUCAAUGUUCUGUCAUGUAGAACCAGAGCAGGUCAUUUGUGUCCAUGAUGUCUCUUCCAUCUACCGUGUCCCCCUCUUGCUUGAGGAGCAGGGAGUUGUUGAUUACUUCCGCCGCAGGCUUGACCUUCCCAUCGAGAAGCAGCCCAGGAGGAUGCUCAUGAAGUGGAAGGAGAUGGCUGACAGGUAUGACCGUUUGCUAGAGACCUGCUCCAUCGCACUUGUUGGCAAAUACACCAAGUUCUCCGAUUCCUAUGCUUCUGUCAUUAAAGCUUUGGAGCAUUCUGCACUGGCCAUCAACCACAAGCUGGAGAUAAAGUAUAUCGAUUCUGCAGACUUGGAACCAGGAACUCUACAAGAAGAUCCCGUUCGAUACCACGAGGCCUGGCAGAAACUCUGUAGUGCUGAUGGAGUCCUGGUCCCAGGUGGGUUUGGCAUUCGAGGAACAGAAGGGAAAAUUCAAGCUAUUUCCUGGGCAAGAAAACAGAAAAAGCCCUUGUUAGGAGUUUGUUUGGGGAUGCAGCUAGCAGUUGUGGAGUUUGCACGCAAUGUUCUUGGCUGGCAAGAUGCCAAUUCGACAGAAUUUGACCCCAAAACGACUCAUCCGGUGGUCAUAGACAUGCCAGAACACAAUCCUGGGCAAAUGGGUGGGACCAUGCGGCUUGGCAAAAGGAGAACCCUCUUCCAAACCAAGAACUCCAUCAUGAGAAAACUGUAUGGAGACCAUGACUUCUUGGAAGAGAGGGACAGACACAGAGUUGAGGUGAAUCCAGAACUGAAAAGCUGCUUUGCUGAGCAGGGCCUGAAAUUCGUAGGCCAGGACGUGGAGGGAGAGCGCAUGGAAGUAGUUGAGCUGGAAGAGCAUCCCUUUUUCGUUGGUGUCCAGUAUCACCCCGAGUUCCUCUCCAGACCCAUCAAGCCGUCUCCCCCCUACUUUGGCCUCCUGCUGGCCUCUGCCGGGAGGCUCACGCAUUAUCUACAGAAGGGCUGUCGGCUCUCUCCCAGGGACACUUACAGCGACAGGAGCGGCAGCAGCUCGCCUGACUCGGAGAUCACAGAACUGAAGUUCCCGUCAGUGAAUCCUGACUAAGUCCUGCUCCUGGCUGAAGAGGGGCAGAGUCUGCUGGAUUUCCCGGGCAUUCGCACCGCGAGAGCCGGAAGGCCUGUCUGCUUUAAGUUAUGUUUUUAUCAUUUUUGUUAUGAAGCGAUCUUGGUCCUUUUUCUUUUAUGAAUUUACUCUCUUGUUGAAUGUU